AUGGCUGCAAAAUCUUCGAAUGAUCAGAAUAAAACAAAUCAACGUUAUUUUGAUGUUGCCAAUGAAACUGGAAAAAUGUUAUUGCCAAUCGAAGGUUACCAGAAUGUUGAUUUAGUUCCAUUAGAAGAAGCCAUUGAACCGUUAAUUCAUCUUGUAGCUGACAUACGUCGAAAAGCAUGGGUGGCGAAAGAAACUUGUCAAACACCGUUUCCUGAUGACUUAAGCCACGAUGAAUCAGCUGCUAUUAUACUAUACACAAUGGAAUGGUCACCCCACGAUCGCUGCCUUUAUGUUGUACUCAACGAAGCACUCCGUUCAAGAAACCGUCUCCAGCGAUUACCACCGUGGUUUCUGUAUCUGAAACUCUUUUUAACAGCAUUAAUAAAACUACCAUCAGAACGACGAGUCAUAUGGCGUGGUGUCAAAAUGGACUUGAGUCAGCAGUAUUUGACGGAAUCAACAUUGGUCUGGUGGGGUUUUAGUUCAUGUACAACCACAUUAGAAGUAUUAAAAUCAGAACAAUUUUUAGGAGAAACAGGUACACGUACAUUAUUUAAUAUAGAGUCCAGCAAUGGAAAGCUGAUACAGCCUCAUUCGUAUAUACAAUCAGAAGAUGAAAUUUUAUUAUUACCAGGGACACAAUUUAAAGUUGUCGGAAAACUACAGCCUGCACCAGGUCUGCACAUCAUUCACUUGAAGGAAGUACAACCACCAUUUACGUUACUUGAACCACCAUCCGUCGUUCCAUCAACAAUACCUCCGUCUCAUAAUACUCCAGCUGCGACUAAACCACAAGCUGCUUCAUUACCAGAAGUGACAGCGGUAACAAAUGAUUUAAGUAGUGUGCAAAUAACGGAAGCAAAACAACAAAAACACUCAAAUCAACUAUUCAUUGGUGGAACACUGUUAGAUGCCAUACACCAACUAACACUCAACGAAUUCUACGGGACAAAACAUCAAGCAUGGACCUUAAUAUACAAAGCUACGAGACACGGCUUUUCUGCCACCGACUUUCAUCGUCAGUGCGAUGAGCAAGGUCCAACGAUGACAAUUAUUCAAUCAAACGAAGAAGGCUAUCUCUUUGGUGGUUAUACAGCUGUCCCGUGGACCUCACAAACACAUUCUAGAAAAGACACAACCGCAUUUCUUUUCAGUCUCACAAACCCACAGCAUCAUCCAAGUACAAAGUUUAACAUUACCGAUCAAAAUACUGAUUUUGCUGUAGGUCAUCACUGGGAUGCAGGACCAAUAUUCGGUACCAGAAAGCCCAUUAUCACGUCACGUUUUUACUCACAUGAUUCCGUGACCAUACUCAUCUUAUGUUUCCGCGUAUUCCUUCUUCCACAAUAA